AUGACUAGCCUUUCGCUCUCUCGAGUGACGCUCUACAAAAACAAUCUGGCCUUUGCAGAACGUCAGGGAUCUUUGACUCAAAAUGAGGUUGGGUGGACAGAUUUUGAGCUUCGUGUCCCUGAAACACGACGUCAAUUGGUGGUGAACACGCUGUCGGCUUCCGCCCCGGGUGGCGCUUCCAUCAUUUUCGGACAGCAAAAUCCGAAUCGUGCAGAGAUGGGAGAAACCACAUAUCCUUUCAACCACAGCAGCAUGGGAGCCUUCCUGGAAUCAUGCAGAGGGGCCAAGGUUUCCAUCACUCUUGACAGCAAGAUCUCCAAGACUGGACUAUUGCUCAUGGUAGAGAGGGCCCAACGUGUCAUUGAGGGUUCCAAAGAUAAAACAGAAGAAUAUUUUGCAUCUCUGCAGAUUUUCGAGGAGGGUUCCAUGGCUUCCAUCCGAAAGAUCCCAUUUCAGAACGUCGUGGACGUCUCUUUGGUUGACCCAAAGAUGCAAGACCAGCUCAGCAAAUCCCUGCUAGCGACUUUGGAAAAGCAAUUGCCCAAGCCUCUGCCGCCACCAAAAGACCAUCGGGAAAUCAUUUCCAUCCGAGCCAGAACAUCGGAAAACACGGGAAAUUGCCAGGUGUCCUAUGUUGAUAGAUGCGAGGAAUGGAAGUGCAUGUACCGUCUGGAUCUACCACGAGAGGAUAUGGACUUGGUGGUGGUGAAUUCUGUCGACUCCAAUGCAUCCGUCACCCUUCACACCUUUGGCCAUGUGCGCAACAGCACAGAAGAUGACUGGAUUGAUGUGGACUUGCAUCUUGUGGCCAACGAGUUGUCCAUCUUAGCUGUCGGAACUGAGCCAGCUCGUCAGGAACUGGCUAAGAUCGUGAAAGAGGUGAAGAACUUCGGAGGCGCCAUGCAGAUUUUCAUCAAGACCUUGACUGGAAAGACUGUGACCUUAGAUGUUUCAUGUUCUGAUGCUGUGGAACAAAUCAAAGCCAAGAUCCAAGAUAAAGAAGGAAUACCUCCUGACCAGCAACGCUUGAUCUUUGCUGGGAAGCAAUUGGAAGAUGGUCGGACGCUGGCAGAUUACAACAUUCAGAAAGAGUCAACGCUUCACUUGGUCCUUCGUCUGCGUGGACAAGAGGUUUGGGCACCUUCCCGAAAAGCCGUGGAUGCGGCAGAAGACUUUGAGUCUUUGGAAGGACUUGCAACGAAAGGCUUGGCGGAGCACGUCCUUUAUCAAGUCUCAGAUCGUGUGACCAUUCGCUCGAGGAGACAGCGAUUGUACCCAUCUUCCAACACUCCGUGA